AUGUCGCUCAUUGGCGAUCACGUCCGCCGCCUGGACGCCUACGUCGACCGGUUACAGCUGCGAGGCCUUGCGGAGGCCGGCGUCGAGACGAGCCAGCUGCGUGAGGCCGCCGCCGCCAGGACGAGAGAGAUCACCACCACCACCACCACCACCACCACCACACAGGAUGCGAGAACAGCGAGGAGGACGGGCAGGGCGCAGGAGGACCUGGGAUCAGUCCAUCCGCCGCUCCUUGCAGCUGCCAGAGCCCUUUCUGGGGGCUGUACGCUGAAGUCGGCCAGGGUGCUCGACCAUCUACGCCGUGUCCAUCGCCUGCAGCAGGUCAUACAAACCGCCGAGACGAGGUAUACCGAAGAUGAAGACAAAGAAGAAGGAGAUGGAGACUACAAUGCACCGGCCAGAGAGUAUACUACGAGUCUGCUGUGGUUGGUGGCCUCCAAGGCUACGGUGCAGACGUUUGCCGCCGUCAUGAGCUCCAUGGUCGACGAGACGGUCCCCCUCAGCGAUGGCAUCUGGUACUGGGACGAGGUGCUUGGGUCGGCCUUCUACUCGGGCCUCUACACCCUCCAGACGGCGCCGGCACGCUGGGCGGGCUACCUGAUCAGCCUAUAUCGGACCAUCCGGCAGACGGGCAGCAACCAUAAUAAUGUUCGUCAUGCUCGCAGGGGCAGCACUGCGGAGGACCUUAGUGUUGGCAGCGGACUCCACGAUGGCACCACUUUGAUGGCACGAUGGCGGGCCUUCUACCGGCUUGUCCACCGCAGCGUCAGCGCUCGUCCCGUCUCAAGCUCCCAGGCCAGAGAGCUCGCCCUCUCACCCUUUCAAUUGGCCCGCUCCCGGGCUCGGGCUAGCCGCAGUGGCCUGCGCAGGCUGAGGGAGAUGACUGCCUGUGCCGUUGGCCUGCUCAUGGAGGAAGGCCUCCUCUUCGACGUGGCUGACGAGGACGAGACCAUCAUCACUCCCGCUAUUAUCACUCCUGAUGCCGGUGUCGGUGCUGGUGCCAGUACUGGCCUGGAUCCAACGCCUUCAUCGUCAAAGAAACAUGACAACCCAGACGAAUGGCGGGAUCUUGUCUCGCGGACCACCGUGCUCAUGCAGACCGUCCUCCAGCACGUCAACAAUCUGGACACCGACCUGACCGGGUUCGAGGACAAUGUCUUUUCCACCGUCGGGAGCGGGAUACGCGCCAUGGAGGAGUCGCUAGUAGCGACUACCGAAGGGACUGCUGGGACAGGUCGCUCGCCCAACCCAACCGACCAGGCCUACUUGGUCAUCCAGCUGCUCAUCGACGUGCUUGAGCACCAUCUCCCUCGCCAGCAGAAGCAGAGCCGCCUGCUGGCCCGCAGCUAUGCCCGCCCAUCCACGCGCUGCGAGGUCGCCCUCAUGAGCAAGAACAGUCUCGACGCCGACUUCUCCAGUCUCGAGCGCAUGGUCGUCGACUUUGUCUGCACCCGCCCGUCCCAGGACCUUGGUCUCGCCUCCAGUCACCCUGAUGCGCUCGACCUCAUCCGCCAGGGGGUGCGGCAGGGCGACCUGACGCCCGUCCUGCGAGCGUACGAACGGGACCUGCAGCGGCCCUUCAUCGGUGCCAUCCGCGGCGACCUCGUCACUGCCUUGCUCAUCCAGAUCCAGAAGACCAAAGUCGACGUCGAGGUAGCCAUCAGCGGCAUAAACUCCAUCCUUAAGAGCCAGGAACUUGUUUUUGCCUUCAUCGGACUUACUCCCAGUAUCCUGGUGUCCUAUGCCACCGUGCAGUGGGCUGCCGGCCUCCUCGGCAGCAGGAGAGGCCUACGACAGGGCCAACGACGCAGCGAAAUCGUCCGUUCUCUCCGCACCGUCAACCGGAUCCUAAUGAGCUCUCUCCCCUCGCAAACGGGAGUCCUCUCGUACAAGGACCACGGUCUCCUGAUAUGCGAGGCCGAGACACUGCGACAACGAGCCGAGCGUGUCCUCCCCGGAGCCAUCUACCAUGAGUUCCACGAGGACCUGAACGACCUGCUGAACGUGAGAGCUGGCAUCGCCCACCAGAUGAAAGUGGUCGACCAGAUCAGAUGGACAUAUUCCAAAUGGAUCUACUCGUAG